AUGCUGGAGCGGCGCUCUGCAACCAGUUACAAUGGACAGAAUGUGAAUUUUGUUACUUCCUGGGCGGCUGCGGGUCAGAGUAGCUACCUUCAGCCAACAACAGCCACUACCAACAGUCCCACAGCCAACAACAGUCCUACCAACAGUCCCACAGCCAACAACAGCCACUACCAACAGUCCCACAGCCAACAACAGCCACUACCAACAGCCCCACAGCCAACAACAGCCCCACAGCCAACAACAGCCCUACCAACAGCCCCACAGCCAACAACAGCCCUACCAACAGCCCCACAGCCAACAACAGCCACUACCAACAGCCCCACAGCCAACAACAGCCACUACCAACAGCCCCACAGCCAACAACAGCCCCUACCAACAGUCCCACAGUCAACAACAGCCUUACCAACAGUCCCACAGCCAACAACAGCCCUACCAACAGUCCCACAGCCAACAACAGCCCUACCAACAGUCCCACAGCCAACAACAGCCACUACCAACAGCCCCACAGCCAACAACAGCCACUACCAACAGCCCCACAGCCAACAACAGCCCUACCAACAGCCCCACAGACAACAACAGCCCUACCAACAGCCCCACAGCCAACAACAGCCACUACCAACAGUCCCACAGCCAACAACAGCCCCUACCAACAGUCCCACAGCCAACAACAGCCCUACCAACAGUCCCACAGCCAACAACAGCCCUACCAACAGUUCCACAGCCAACAACAGCCCUACCAACAGUCAAACAGCCAACAACAGCCACUACCAACAGUCCCACAGCCAACAACAGCCCUACCAACAGCCCCACAGCCAACAACAGCCCUACCAACAGCCCCACAGCCAACAACAGCCCUACCAACAGCCCCACAGCCAACAACAGCCCUACCAUCAGCCCCACAGCCAACAACAGCCACUACCAACAGUCCCACAGCCAACAACUGCCCUACCAACAGCCCCACAGCCAACAAUAUCCUAA